AUGUUCCAAUGCAACGAUUGUGGGAAGAAAGUAUUAUGCGCACUUUGCCUAGUGCGAAAGAAGCACUACACUCAUCAAUUUGUCGAAUUGUGGGUGGCUAAGGUUCGAUGUGUACCUACAUUACAUUCAGAAUUGAUCAAAGAUAUUGAAGACUUUCACGAGAGCAUCCUCGAUGAGGUCCAGCACAUUGAAACGCUUGAAUUCGGUCAAGCCAAGGAGGAGAAAAUCAAUGCUUUGUUGAAAACCUUUGCUCAAUUCAAGGAAAUCAAGAAAAAAUGUUUGGCCGAUUUGCGAUCAUGUGAAAAGGGAGUAGGGAAUCUCAACAAUGGAAUCAAGGGAAGCAGGAAGCGGAAGAGAAACGACGACCAG